UGAUCCAAAUGGCAAUAACAGAGAGAAGAGAAAGUUGAGAGAGAUAAGCUAAGUUGAUCUGUGUCCACUUUCCUGGCAGCAGCCACAGAAGAAGAAAUCUAUGGAAUGGAUGCGAAAGACAAAGACGAAGAAGCCGCCUCGUUUAGAGCGCUUGAACGCCAAAAAGAACAUCAAUUACCGACUCCCUAUCAUCCCCACCAUCCCUUCUCCAACUCCUUCUCCCCCCCACCAAGAAUCUAGUCUCCGUGUCAUGGGAAUCGACGGUGAAUUCGACCGUAUUUUUCAAAGUUUGGGCCUUUCUGGCCCUGAAGACUUUGCUAUCCCAGCCCAAGAUUGGGAAGCCCGAAAGGCUCGCUCUCUUCUUUCACUUUCACUUCCUGAUCCUGACCCUGUGUCUCUUGUUGUUGAUUAUCCUUCUUCUUCGGGUGAACACGAUGUUGUUGAUCGACUUAGAAACGGUGAAAGGAGUGUGCUUUUUACUGAUUCGGGUUCUUUCAGUACUUCUCAUGAUUAUGAUAGUGAUGGUGCUGGUGCUGGUGCUGGUGCUACUGCUGCUGCUGCUGAGAGGACUUUGUUUCCUUAUGGCUGGUUGAAGCCCACUUUUUCUUCGUGGCAAAAAGGUGCCCUUUUGGGAAAGGGUUCUUUUGGAACUGUUUAUGAAUGCUACACUGACGAUGCAUUUUUUUUUGCGGUGAAAGAGGUGUCUUUGCUGGAUGAUGGUAGCAGCCAAGGAAAACAGAGCAUUUUCCAACUUCAGCAGGAAAUAUCUCUAUUGAGUCAGUUUCAACACGAUAACAUAGUUCGAUAUUACGGCUCAGAAAAGAAUGAAAGCACUCUGUAUAUAUUCCUUGAGCUUGUGUCAAAAGGGUCAUUGUCCAGUCUUUAUCAACACUACCGCCUAAAUGAUUCUCAAGUUUCUGCAUACACAAGACAUAUUUUAAAUGGCUUGAAGUAUCUUCAUGAACGUGGUGUGGUGCACAGGGAUAUCAAGUGUGCUAAUAUACUGGUUGAUGUAAGUGGGUCGGUCAAGCUUGCAGAUUUUGGGUUGGCAAAGGCAACAAAAAUGAAUGACGUUAAAUCAAGCAAAGGCUCCCCAUACUGGAUGGCUCCUGAGGUUGUUAACUUGAGGAGCCAAGGUUAUGGGCUUGCAGCCGAUAUAUGGAGCUUAGGGUGUACUGUUUUAGAGAUGUUGACAAGGCAGCCACCUUACUUUGAUUUAGAAGGAAUGCAAGCAAUAUUUCGGAUUGGCAGGGGCGAACCCCCACCCAUUCCUGAAUCUCUAUCUGAAGAUGCCCAAGAUUUCAUUCUCAAAUGCUUACAAGUUAACCCAAAUGAGCGUCCAACUGCAGCUCAGCUAUUGGAUCAUCCAUUUCUAAGGAGACGAUUAAGUUCAGCUUCCCCAAGUAUUAAUAAUCUCGUUACGCCUUAAAUGCUCUCGAUCACCGCCUAUAUUGGCACCGACAAGGUCAAAAUUAUCCUCUAUUUGUCAAGUUAAUCCAUAUACAUCUUGGCUUUAGACUGGUGUAAUAUCCUCAACUCUCACUGGUUUGUUUAUCUCUAUCACCUCCUGCACUGGCACAUCAUGUGGAUCGCAAGCUGAAGAUAAGUUCAUCGAAAUGCAAAACUGCAUUAGCAAUAGCAAGAGUUCCACAAAGCUAGAUUUUCACCUUAAUGCCAACGAGAAAAAGCAAUGGCUCCAUAUCUUGCAUUAUGGAUCUUUUUAUGACUUGACGGGGGAAAUCGAAGAAUUAAGGAGGAGUUGAACUCUUCAAUUCCAAACCAAGUGCUCUUUCCUGUAUAGGGAAGGAAGUGUGCAGCCAAAAGGAGAUCGUGAAUUUGCAAUGGGCAUGCGCAGUUGGUCAUUUGGUGUGGAGUUGUCAAAUCUUUCGGUCACAUUGCUUCUAUCUUUGUUUUUCAAGUUAGAAUUCCAAUUCUAAAGCAAUGAUUAUUGCAGUAUCUUCCUAUAUGCUCACUUGUUAUUGUUGUAUGGAAAUCCUACAUUGACUAGUAUUGCAAGGUGGUUGCUGAUACUUGGUCAUGAAAGGGGCUGCUACUACUGUACAAAUGUUGUUAUGUUAUCUAUGCUAUUAGAGCAUGAAGUUUUGUAUGAUUUUUUGGGUGCAAUUAAACUGUAUAUAAUUGUUGCAUUUUUUUUUUCUAGGAAACUACAAUAAUUUUAUCUAGUUUUUAUUUUGUGAAUUAAUUCUUGUAUCUUUAGAAUGCAAAAAUUGUUUACUCAAAUGAUGAAGCUGUACCCUGUCUUUAUUGCUAAAAAAAGUGAGUGUGGUAUGUUUUUCUUUUGUAAGCUUAGAUAAAAUGGAUUGGUGAAGCUUAGUGACA